GCCCGGGGCCAAGCCGACCGCCAGCACCAGGGGACCGGGACCCGCCGGGGCGACGGCUCGGACGCCGGGGAGCGGGGGCAGCGGCCCGAGCCCUGGCCCGAGAGGCCGCCGAGAGAAAGAGAUGCGGGGCGCGCGGGCGGCGCUGCAGCUGCUGCUGCUGGGGCUGGGGCUACUGGUGGCUCCGGCCGCCCGAGCCGAGGAGUACGACUACUACGGCUGGCAGGCGGAGCCCCUGCCCGGCGGGGGCGCCGGCGGGGGCCGCUUCUACUCCAAGCCCCCGCAGUGCCUGGACAUCCCAGCCGACCUGGCGCUGUGCCACACGGUGGGCUACAAACGCAUGAGGCUGCCCAACCUGCUGGAGCACGAGAGCCUGGCCGAGGUGAAGCAGCAGGCGAGCAGCUGGGUGCCGCUGCUGGCCAAGCGCUGCCACUCGGACACGCAGGUCUUCCUGUGCUCGCUCUUCGCCCCCGUCUGCCUGGACCGGCCCAUCUACCCGUGCCGCUCGCUCUGCGAGGCGGUGCGCGACGGCUGCUCGCCGCUCAUGGGCUCCUACGGCUUCCCCUGGCCCGAGAUGCUGCACUGCCACAAGUUCCCGCUGGACAACGACCUGUGCAUCACCGUGCAGUUCGGCCACGUGCAGGCCACCGCGCCGCCAGUGUCCAAGAUCUGUGCCCAGUGCGAAAUGGAGCACAGUGCAGAUGGUCUCAUGGAACAGAUGUGCUCCAGUGACUUUGUGGUCAAAAUGCGGAUCAAGGAAAUCAAAAGUGAAAAUGGCGACCGGAAGCUCAUUGGGGCCCAAAAGAAGAAGAAGAUACUCAAGACCGGACCCUUAAAACGCAAAGACACCAAGAAGUUGGUGCUCUACAUGAAGAAUGGGGCCAACUGUCCCUGCCCCCAGCUGGACAGCCUGACUGGGAACUUCCUUAUCAUGGGGCGAAAGGUGGAAGGGCAACUUCUGCUCACAGCUGUCUACCGCUGGGAGAAAAAGAACAAGGAAAUGAAGUUUGCGGUCAAGUUCAUGUUCUCCUACCCUUGCUCCCUCUACUACCCCAUCUUCUAUGGGGCCGCAGAGCAACACUGAGGGGUGGUCCCUUCCUUCUCCCCCACUCAACCCUCCCUGGUCUCAACUGGUGCCUUCUUCUCCCAGCCUUGUGGACUAGCUGCCUCUACCACCACCCCCCACCCUGGUCUUCCCACCUGCUCUGAGUCUCCAUGCCUGAUGGAGCCAUUGAGUGGGAAGGAGAGUUUCCCACAUGGGAGGAAAUGACAAGCAAAUUGAAACCCAACUGGGCAAGAUAUUGUUGCCACAGGCCAGUAGGUGAUGUCCUGGCAUUAAAGGGAAGGUGUGGAGUCACAGGGUCACCCUCAUUGGCCGAGACAUACCAUAGCGCCCAUGAUUGGUACCAAAGGAGUCAGUGUCUAGCCUGCUAACACUGUCUUCUCAUUUUGAGAGAGACCUCUGGGUCUCAGCAAGCGGGUGAUGGGAGGGAAUGAGGAGGAGGCAGGUCUGUGAGAAAACCGAGGAGGUCACUUCCUCUCGGUGGGGUAGGGUAGCCUCUCUCACCCUCAGUGAUGGAAGCAAGGACUGGGAGGUCUCAUUCUGAAACAGGAUGAGCCGAUCAGAUUUCUCUCUGUUUCUCUCCUCACUUCAUUCCUCCAGGAAGGGAAAGAAGUUAGAAAUACCAAGUAAAUGCAUUGUGGAGUUAUCAUCCAAUCCCCAAGCUGCCCGACUUCCCCUUCUAUCAUUGCAGUCUUCCUCCAUUUCCCCACCCUUCCACAUAGGCCUUCCUACCACUGGAAGACCAGUCCCCAUCUCUAUGCAAUUACUGCCCCCUACAGAAUCUCUCCGGGGGAUGCAUUCACCACCCUUAACAUUUCCUUCCCACCACCACCACCCCUAAUCAUGUUUAAGUAAAUUAUUGCUGGUGCUGAGGUCAUAAGGGCUAGAGAAUUUGUCAUUUUUUUUGUAAGUUUCUAAUUAAACCAGAGAAACCAACCAAUGGAAUUGGACCAAAGAGUUACUUUACUUGACAUUCUUAGAGAGACCAGGGUGGGAGGGACAGUUAGAAGGAAAGAAGCCUUACUUCAGGUCCAACGAGGAAUUGAGAAAUAUAUAUGCUUUACCCUUAACUGUCUAAGAACAAUAAUCUAAUUGGCAUUUCCAUGAGCCUUUAAGGUUGACUAAAUGCCUUCCUCACAAAAGCCCUCUGAGGUAGGCGCUGAAAAUCAUGUGAUCCCCACAUGAUAGAUGAGAAAACAAGCUCAGUGGUACUAGGUGGAGUUGGGAUGGUCUGAGUUCAAAUCCAGCCUCUAGCUGUGUGGACCUGGGCAAGCCACUUCACCCCUGCCUCAGUUUCCACAUCUGUAAAAUGGGGGAAAUAAUAAUUAAUAAUGAUAGCACCCAACUCCAAGGAUUGUCAUGAGGGUAAAACAAGUAAACUCAUGCAAAGUGCAAACCUUAAAGCGCUGUAUAAACACUAGCAAUCAUCAUCAUUAUUACUGUUAAACACCUACUAUGGGCCAGGUACACAUAAUGGGUAUAUAAAGACAGAAAUGAAACAGUUCCUACCCUCCAAGCCACAGAUAAGGAUGUACAAAACCUAGGGAUAAAGCCUAGACCUGUUAUUUAUAGGUGCAGGAGCUCAUGGUGACCAACUUACUAAACUAGGCUGGUUGGCACCUUCUCUGCAGUGUAGAGUCCUAAAGAACUGCCUAGACCCACUCAAGUAGAAACGGAGGCCACUCGGUAGUCCUUGAGGAUCCCUGCAGGCUGGAUUGAGUUCUUAAAUAUAAUGUUAUAUGCAUAUUACUGUAUUUAGUUACAUUUUCCCCAGUUACAUUUGAAUCUGGUUGGGGCAGCACUCGGCAGUGUCAUGGGCCUCAUGCAGCCCAGGUGCCCAAAACCUCUCACCUGGAGUUGUCCUGCCCAGGGUCACACAGUCAGAUCACUUUGUGUCAGUCAGAUGAUGCAGCACUUGAACCCGGAUCUUCCUGGCUCCAGGGCCAGCUCUCUCUCUCUCUCCCCAUUCAGCUAAAUAUACCCAAUACAUAACAGAUAAUUACAAAGUAAUGGGAGAGGCUGAGCACCUUAAGAUGGAGGAGAUCAGGAAAGGGGGGGCCACACAGUUAAUUUAGCAGCAGAUCCGAGUCCCUAGAUGCAUCCCCCGGCUCCAGACGCAGAGCUCUUCUUAAGCUGUUGGGUACUUCUGUGAAGUCCUUAGAUCUCAAAGGCCAGUGCAGAUGUCACUGCUCUCAUUGGACAACUCCUUGGGAAGAUAACUUGGUGUCAGAGGUGACUGUGUAAUGGAGUCAAGGAGGGAGGAGGUUCAGUUACCCAGUGACUGGGGACACUCAUCAAAUCCUCCUGAUCAGAAGAUGCCUCUUACUCAAAAGCAACACAGUACACUGGAAAGGGUGGAGAAUCUUGGAGUCAAGAGGCCUGGGUUUGAAUCCACCCUCUGGUACUUCCUAGCAGUGUCAUCAUAAUAAAAGUUCUUGUCCUUG